AUGUCUCAGGCUGCUAAGGCUGCGGCCACCACGGCGGUAAACCCGGGGCCUGAUGGCAAGGGGAAGGGGGGCCCAACCACGGGGCCAGCCCCAGCCCCUGGCCCCACCCCGGUCCCAGCUUCUGUGCCCAGGCCCAGUGCCAAAGUAGGGGACCUUCCUCCUGGGAGCUACAAGCUGGUCGUCUUCGAGCAGGAAAACUUCCAGGGUCGUCGGGUUGAAUUCUCAGGAGAGUGCCUGAACCUGGGAGACCGUGGAUUUGACCGCGUGCGCAGCCUGAUCGUCAUCUCAGGACCCUGGGUGGCCUUUGAGCAAUCUGCCUUCCGUGGGGAGAUGUUUGUCCUGGAGAAGGGUGAGUACCCACGUUGGGACACCUGGACCAGCAGUUACCGUAGUGACCGACUCAUGUCCUUCCGGCCCAUCAGGAUGGAUUCCCAGGAGCAUAAGAUCUGUCUGUUUGAAGGCGCCAACUUCAAGGGCAACACCAUGGAGAUCCAAGAGGAUGAUGUGCCCAGCCUCUGGGUAUAUGGCUUCUGUGACCGUGUGGGCAGUGUGACCGUCUCCGGUGGCACAUGGGUCGGCUAUCAGUACCCGGGCUACCGUGGCUACCAGUAUCUGCUGGAGCCCGGCGAUUUCCGACACUGGAAUGAGUGGGGCGCCUUCCAGCCGCAGAUGCAGGCUGUCCGUCGCCUGCGGGACCGCCAAUGGCAUCAUGAGGGCUGCUUCCCGGUGCUGGCCGCUGAGCCCCCCAAGUGAGUCAAGCUGCAC